AUAAGAAGGAAGAGUUCAACCCAAACAACGAAGCGCUUUUUUUCAUUCCUCACUCAAUUCUCUUCACGAAUCCCCAAUUGGGCUUCGAAUUUUGUGGGUUUGCUCUUCUCCACGAUUUUGAGUUCCUACCAACUAGUGCAUGGCGGCUGUGGCUGAUGUGGCUUAAAUGGAAGGAGAAGUUAAUGUAAAAUUUCUCCAAACAUAUCUUACGUUUGGUGGGGAUUAAGAACAACAUUAUCAAUGAUAGAUCCAAAAGUUGCCUGCCAUCCAACAAUAUGCUAUAGGCCCAUAAGACCCUCAGAUUUGUUGAUUUUAGAGCAACUCCAUGCUGAAUUAUUUCCAAUUAGGUAUGAGUCUGAGUUUUUUCAGAAUGUUGUGAAUUCACGUGAUAUUGUGUCUUGGGGAGCUGUUGAUCGUAGUCGACCUGAUGGACAGAGUGAUGAACUUAUUGGAUUUGUUACUGCACGAAUUGUGAUGGCUAGAGAAAGUGAGAUAGCAGACUUGCUCAGUUAUGACUCAUCAAAAUCAGAUCAAACCCUAGUCUACAUUCUGACAUUGGGAGUAUUGGAAUCUUAUAGAAAUCUUGGAAUAGCUUCUUCACUUAUUCAUGAGGUCAUGAAAUACUCUUCAAGUAUCCCAACAUGCCGUGCAGUUUACUUGCAUGUGAUAUCUUAUAACAAUCCGGCCAUCCAUUUGUACAAGAAAAUGUCAUUCAAGUGUGUGCGAAGGUUGCAUGGUUUUUAUUUGAUCAGUGGUCAGCAUUAUGAUUCAUACUUGUUUGUUUACUACGUAAAUGGUGGUCGUUCUCCCUGCUCACCAGUGGAGCUUCUGACAAUUGUGGUGAGUUACAUGAGGAGGGGUCUUAGUUCAUUGGCUGCCAGGCUAAGGAAGAACGAAGAGAAGGUGCCAAGAUGGCUCAAAUGUAAAGAAACCCGUUGCCUUUUAACAACACAAAGCAGGAGAAAUCUGAAAACAGAGUGUAACGGGUUUGAAUGCGUUUAAGUUUUGACAUAUUUAUUUCCAUUUCCAUUGAAUUGUAGGAUGUGCUGUGUUACUGCUUCGGCAAUGGUAUCGUGCUUGCUACAACUCUCGGAUUGAUUUCGUGUAUUUCAAUCCAAGUUGAUUUAAUGGUCGUUAUAUAUUACCGAGUCAGUAACAUGGUAGGAUCCUUCAAUUGCAUAGUCCAAAGAGGGACCAGAGGUAAUGUUCUGAGAUGUUAUUACUGAUCUUCUUAUUCCUUGUUUAUCCGCAUUCAUAUUCCAUGAAGCUAUGGUAUGUAUUAUUUAUAUUUGUAAAUUUCUUUAGGUAGCAAUCUCUAUUUAUCAGUCUGUCGUUGAUAACACAAUAUUGUCAUAAGGUGUACAAAAUGAAUGUUUAAUAAUAUAUUUGUCCAUUUCAUGUUC